AUGUCUGCCGAUGACCCAUUCUCCUUUCUGCCCACGGAGCAGGCCAAACCCGCGAAAAAAAGCCAUUGGAAGAAUAAACUGUUCUCAAAGGAUAAGAAUAAGGCUGCAUCGCAUCAACAUCAAGAAAUCGCAGACUUCCUGAGCUCUCGAACCCCAGAACCAGCUCCAGCUCCAGCUCCACCGCCUAUCGACCCGAGAUACAUUCCUUCCCAAAACGUUGCCGCCCACCGUUUCCCUUCCUCACAAGACGUCUCUGCAUACCCUCCCUCCAAGCCAGCGACUGUGCCAGCGCCAGCGUCAGUCCUGCCUCGCGAGAACUAUGUCCCUUUAAAUUUCUCAGACCAAGCUCCUACCUUGCCCGCCCUCACUCCUGCCUCUGCCAGGCCCAGUGGUCGCAAAGGCAAAGGGCUGCGGGUGGGGUUCAGCCCCCAAACCCCAGAAGUAAUUGGUGAAGGAGGUGAUGAGACCGAGUCGCCAACAAUUGAGAUUUCGCGGGCCCGUGAAAGGUCGGACAGCAGGGGGACCCAGUCUGGCAAUAUCCCUGCGUCCCUCUCUGACCCUUCGCGAUCGCAUCUGCCAAAUCUCCGAGUUGACACAUCGCUGGACGAUGGCGAUGCGCAAUCCCGACAGGUGGCUUGCUCGCCUCGGCGUGAUGAAUCCGACUGGAAACCCCCGCUGAUGCAAAAUUCUCAGGAUGCAGAAUUCCUGAGGUCUCUGAGCCCCGGCGGCUCUCGAUUGUCAUUCCGUGGCGAUACCGAGGCGAGUUCGUUCGCACAACGUGUUCGCGACAAGAUGCAAGCGGAGGAAGGUCGCGCAUUGCAUCAUCGCUAUGAGGAGGAUACAUCGUCUCCUGGAGCUGAAGACGACGAUGUCUCAACUCCACCCAGCCCUCCCAGCCCGGAACCACCCAUAAAAGCUUACAACCCCGAAUCGACCUACGAAACAGCCCCAACGUCGGGACUUCCGCAUGCGCCAUCGAUUUCUCUGUCGAUGAGAUCUAUUGUGGACUCGAUUCGGAAUCCCCCAAGCCCCUCAACACAACACGCACCAGCGAAUCUCAGUCCAAUUGACCCACGAAUGCCCACAAAUCUCAUGCCAGGUAGCCCCGGCAAGGCUUCACCAACACGUGCCAAACCGCCACCCCAGGACCUGCCUGCAUCAAGUCGGGCGUCACCUCCCAGUCGCGAAGGCCAAGAGCCGCCACGUAGCGCCAAACCCCCGAAGUUCUCUCUUCGAAAUGUUGCCAACCAAGUUGGCGAUACUGCAUUUACUGAAUUCAAAGAGUACAAUGUACAAUAUGAGAGUUCGAUUAAACUCGCAGCAGAAGAUGUUAAGCCGUUGCUAGAAACAUCACUAGCCGAAUGGGUUCGGGCUGCAGUCUGGUGGUUUUUGCGAGGAAAGACACGAUUAGAAGCAUAUGCUCGUUCCCGUUCUACAUUGCCACCUACCUACGCCAAGCAAGCUGUGAUCGAUCUUGGAAAGGCAUCGUGGAUAAAUGAAAAUAUUGUGCCCAGACAUCAUGAACUAUCUCGAUAUGGUGCCAUGAGUGUUGACGCCCUACUGGCUGUUGCGAGUACCACCGGCGACAAGGAGCUGGCUGAUCUUCUGAGUAUACAUCACACUCUCACUAAUCAUCUCCGCUCGCUGUCCAUGUCCAUGAAAAGAAACAACAUCCUCGCCUUGGUUGUCUCAGAUGAAGGCUCCCCCAGCCAGCUGGAUACUAGUAUCUGGUUGCGUUACCCUUUCUAUGCCCCCGACGUCUCAGCAGUCUUAUCUGGUGCGGCAACGAGAUCAAUGCUAGUAGAUAACGCAGGAAAGACACCAAGUUUGGUCCACAUGAUGCCUUUGGGUGACACAAGUCGAUACUUCAGCUAUGGUAGCAUGUUCGUGCAGGUCUGCGUCAGCUCCAGUGAUGACGAUGGGCAACAGCAAUAUGCCAUGCCCUGCGCAUUGACUAUCGUCCGUGAACGAGCGGACUGGUAUGUCUUUGCGGCAAUCACUAGCCAAAGUCAACUUGUCAACAUUUUGGUUCAGUCUGACCGGAAGCAGGGGCCGACUUGGGAGGAUGUAGAUUGGCAAGUCCGUUCCCAUUCUAUGCGAGUCAAGCUUCCCCGGGGAUUCGAGUUGGAUGUCCUGUUUAAGGAAGAUGAUUUCAAGACUCUUUGGAAUAUUGUCAAAUACACUCAGAAGUCAGAGAACAGUCUCCAUCCGGAGGCAGGUGAGACUGUGGUAUUUGAGAAUACUCUCAAGAUUUUCCAAUAUAUGGACCCGAGCACACCAAAGGCGUUUCCUCCAGACCCUACAGAACGGUGCCGAGUCCGUUUGUUCGAGCGCUCUGUCACUGUGACAGAAGGCACCGGUACUCGCAAUGCGCAUCGGGGAUUCCGGCUAGCUGUCCUAACUAGUCCGAAGGUCAAGACUUUGAGUAGUAUUCGCCAUAAUUUGGGCAACGGCUCACCCAUAUUGUUCGGUCUCUUGCGAGGAGAGGACGGUGCUCCCGCUCUUCUUCUCAAAGUGACCGAGGACGGCCGUACGAGAUCCAUGUUAAUGACUUUCCAUGAGGUGGCUGAGCGUACGAAAAUACACUCUGUGCUGCUUGGUAUGAUUCCACAGGAGGGAGAGAUCAAGUCACCAGAAUUCGCCAUCCAGUCAUAUUGCAUUGAGCAGCCCGAAGAUCCAUUCACUGGUCAGCCCGCGGUCAAACACCUCCAGUUCCCCGCCGGAAGCGUGUCCGUUAUUGACCAGGAGCAUGCUUACGUCGACCAUGGUUAUGGCCCAACGAUUCUAUCAGAACAUUUGAGGGCCUUUGUCGCCACUGAAUGGGGCUCUGUCACGGAUCGCAUCAACUUAGGGCCUGGUGAAUUGAAAAUCGGUUUGGAUGUCCAUCGCCAGAUGAGCAUGAGCUUGUUCCGUUCCGCACAACAGGAUCUGACCCUUUCGCUUGCGGAUAACCUUAUUCGCCCAGAACUGGUAGGGCAAUUAACCAGCUUCCUCGAGAAGAUUACGGUGAAGCCUAUGAUCCGCCGACUAGACUUCCCAACCAUGCAGGAUCUUCAUGCUUUCGAGGAAGCUGUUACUGGAUUCCAGGUGCUUUACGAUGGCAUGGCUACAUCGUUCACAAUUUCCCGCCGACGGAGUAUGGUGCCCAUUUACAAGAAAUGGGAAGCUUCGCUAGCACGAGUUCAGAUUGUUCGACAAGAGAAAGUCAUUCAAAUGCUUGCUUUCUUUGGAAACUUCCAACAUGGCACAUGUAUGAAUUUUGUUCUUAAGGGUACUGAUAUCAUGGAGUCCUUUGGCCGAUCCGGCAAGUUUGGCAUUCGUAUGGUAGAUGCCAAGUUUGCGCUGCCUAAGAAGGAUGGUGAUCCAUCUUCCAACUUUGUGUGCCUCGACAUGCCCGAGUAUCCCAUCGAACACGAUGAUAUCGCCAUUACGUUCGAUACCGAGGCUUUACGCGCAAGUUUCAAGGCAGCUCUUCCUGGAUCAGUGCGAGAACCAUCUCGCAUGGGCUCUAUCCGUCGAUAA